AUGUGUGCACUCCCGGUCAUGGAGGGGGCUAGAGGCUCGACCUUGCAGGUUUGCGGUGAGAGGCACACUAUGAGUCUUUCCCUAGCGACAGCGCUCUACGCCGACGCCACGCGGCUCUACCGCCUCGGUGACCUUCACCACGCACGCGGUGCGGCGGAAGAGGCGCUCCUUUCACUCUCACAUAGCCCGCACAGCGACAUCAGCGACCACACCAACCAUCGCCAUGGAGACGCCCAUCACGAAGAGGCCGCUGAUAGCGUCUCGGUCGGCUGCGAGGGCUCACAAGCUCAACAGCGUCAGCGCCACCGACUCUUCGGCAACACCCUCCUGCUUCUAUCGAGCAUCUACAUGGCGGUGCAGGACUACGCCGAGGCGGAGAGACUGCUUGUGACGUGCGACGGGUACUGGAGGGAGCGUCUGACCAGCACGCACACGAGGCUUUCAUCUGUUGGCACAUCUGCAGAAGUGGAGUGCGCGUGCUGUAGUGAGUUGGACGAGGGACUGGCUGGUGUCGCGUACAACCGUGCUGUGCUUCGCCUUGAACAGCUUCGGCGCACCCCGUCCUUUCCAGCCAGUCGCGACGACGGUGAACUGUGGGUCGCGCCACCGGCUGACCUGUGCGGCACUGAUGCGCGUCUGACAUAUUCGUUGAUACCUCUAUCCUCUACUGCAGCUUCUUCAGGUACGCCAGAGACUCUGCUUGCGAGCGUGAUGGCGCUGCUGCUGGACGCACAGGACCGGCUCGCGCACACGCUCGGGCCGCCCCGUGGUCUUCUCGCCGACGUCCUGCACACCAUCGGCGUCUGCCACUACGAGGCGGCCGACUACAUCGCUGCGCUGCAAGCGUGGCAGCGCUCCAUGGCGAUUCGCGUGCAUCUUCAAGCGCUGCGGCGGCGCAGCGACAAGAACGCUGCUCAACGCGCCCUUCAUGGAGGCGGCGGCGGCGAGUGCGGUGACGGCACUGAGGAGCUGAAGCUGGCUUUGACAAUGGAGCACGUGGCGCAGGUGUACCGACUACUGGAGGGUCGAUCCGUCGAGGCGCUGAAGCUGCUAGAUACCGUUGCAGCCACGCGACGGAGGUACCUUGGCCCCACAGAUCCACUGUGUGUCCGCACGUUGGUGCUCAAGGGUGUUCUGGCAGCAGAACUCGGCCACACUCAGCUCGCCCGCGCGCUGCUCGAGAGGUGCAGCGCCAUCGGCGGCGACGCUAGUCCGGAGACGCCACCUCCCAGUAGCUCUGCCUACGCGGUGCAGGAAGUGGAGCAGUGA